AUGAUGGGUGAAUUCAUUUUACCACUUCGUAUUGUCGCCGAGCCUAAAUCAUCACACCGUGAAAGAUAUCUAUGCGAAAUGGAUCCUAGCCGAAACAAGUCACAACGUUUUAUUCGUGCUGACUUCAAUCCGGAAAAUUUAGAUUAUCCAACAAUUGAAAUACCAAAACAAUGGGUUAGUGACAAGUUAUAUAUUCGUGUAACUUUAAUCACUGUAUGGAGUCAGGAAGUGCCUGUGAUAUGCAUACAUCCAUAUCCAAUAGAUACACCCGAGUCUAAUGUUAUCAAAGAUCCAGAAAGAAAUACACUUUAUUUUCCAAUAUCACAGGAAGAAUUAAGCCGAGGACGUAAAAGUUUCAAAAUAUCUCUUAGAAAAUUAACACAGCAAGAACUAAGAAAUUGCACAUCAUUAUGUCUAUUGAAUAAAGAUGAAAAAGAUAUUCAACGGCUUAGUGAUCCUCGCGAUGCUCGAAAGUUCAUUGAAGUUUAUCAGUUAGGAAAAUCCAAAUUAAUUUUUUCGAUGGCUGACCGAUUUCAAGCUUCAGUGCUGCCAGUUAUAUAUGACACGACGUCUGUAUAUUCUCAGAUAAUGACUGCUAGUACUGUCAGCUCUACAAAUGAGGACGAUUCAGUUAUUAGAUAUGUGCCACAGAAAGGUCAAUGGCAAGGUGGAGACGAAAUUUUAAUGGUAAUUCCAAAACUUGACAAGAGAAAAACAUGUAAAGUAUAUUUUGAAAACUCAUCAUCAAAUGAAAAAGAGCAAGUUAAUGUAGAAUUCGUGGAUUUGAAAACCAUUGCAUUUACAACUCCACCAUGUCCAUUAAAAAUGACUGACAACGGAAAAAUAGAAAUUCCUAUUACUAUUACUCAAAGUGGUGAAGAAAUCGCACGUGUCAGCUUUUGCUAUGAAUCAUGUGAUAAAUGUUUAAACUGCAAUACUGCACCUCUUUUCGAUGCUUUUGCUGACUCAAACAUGGACGGCCAAUCGUCGAUGUCUACAACGUGCUUUGACGAAGGAGAUGAUCUUUUUCAGAGUCAUGAUCACAAUGCACAAAGAGAAUCGGACUCAUCAUGA